GACAGGCUACGCCUUAAAUGUCAUGUCUCAACAUUUCAUUGCCUGUUUUCUUUCUCUGCUCAAUGUUCAGUCACUCAGUCACUUAAUUGUUUUGUCAGAAAACUACACCACACUCCUUUCACACAAUUCCUCUUAUUUCUUCUACCUACUCUUUACUUACUCCCCCACUGCCCGAAUUGCCCAUUUCGCUUUUUAUUUUUUGUAUUUUCUAAUGGCUACCGAUGGUCCGGGCUCGCUCUCGGGCCCGGGUUUCAGGGUUCAGUCGCUACCUCCUCCUAGACCCAAAUCUCCUCCGGAUUUGUAUGGGAGAAGAAGAGAAAUGGUUAGACUUCAAGUCAUCGAAAGAGAAAAGAGCUUUCUUGAGGAGGAAUUGAAACUUGCACACCGUCUUCAGCCUGCAUCAAGAUGCUGCAAAGAAAUUGUUGAUUUUGUUGCAGCAAAUGCAGAUCCAUUGCUUCCAACAAAUCGGAAAUCUAGCAAGCCCUGCCGUUUUUGGAAGUGGCUCUGUGGAUUGUCAUGCUUCAGCCUAUCAUGGAUUUGCUGUUGUACAGGGUGCUCAGACUGCACUCUAAAUCUCAAGCCACCCCAAUGCUGUUCAUGUGAAUCCUGUACUUUAAAUGAUUGCUGCUCAUGUAUCCGAUGUUCGUUACCAAAGUGCAGCUGUUGUAGUAAUCCUUGCUCCUGCAUCUGGCCCGAAAACCCAUGUAGUGGAAGCUGCAAAACAUGUGGAAGUUGUGGAAACUGUGGAAGUUGUUGCAGUUUCAAGUUUCUUCGUUGCUUCGACUGUUGUAGCUGUAAAUGUAAUUGCUUGUGUCCGAAGUGCCCUACAUGUUCGGAAUUGUGCAUUUGCGAUUGCAAUUGCAACUGCUCUUGUCCGAAAUGCCCAUCGUGUUCAGAUUUAUGCAAUUGUAAUUGCAAAUGUCAUACGUGUUCGGAUUUAUGCAACUGCAAGUGUUGUCCGAAAGUCCCGAGUUGUUCAGAUGUAUGCAAUAACUGUUUAGGGUGUGUAGGCAGUAUAAAAAAUUGUUGCUGCGGCAAGCAUUGUUGCAUAUGCUGUUAGGUUGUCCAUUUAAGAUAUAUGCAAAUGUGAAUCGUUUUCAUCCUGUACCAUUGUAUUAUGAAUGUUCAAAAUCAUUCGAUGUGUUAAAAAAAAUUUUCUCGAUAAUUGUACAAAAUAUUAAAUGUUAUCUCCCCGAAGGCGAUUUAGGCCAAUUCACAUAUAUUAUGAAGCGGGUUUAAUUUUUUUGUCUCC